UCCCCGAUGAGAUGGUAUAAUAAGCCAAUUGAUUCGCAUUCUCUGAUUGACUGUGCCUCUUCUUCUCCGGCGAUUUUCCGGCGAAAGAUGAGCGAAGAAGAAAACGCCGGCGAGCUUCUGAAUCAGUUCGAACAGAUUUUGGAGUCCGAUCCUGCAAUUGAUGAGAUUGGAUUUGUUCAUCCAUCCAUGUUUGUCAACUUGAAUGAAGAGGCAUCCUCAUCAUCUGAUGGUAUUAGUAAUGUGGUGUGCUCAGCAGAUGGGAGUGCAGUGUUUUGGAAUAGGGAUCAUAAGUUGGGAAUUUCGACGGAUGUUCUUAUUCCAUUAUAUAAGGAAGCUAAGCGCGCGCUGAUGGCAGCAAAUCGACAAUAUAAGGGAGUUAAUAGCACAUCUGAUGUAACUGGGAUUGAGAGUUCUGUAUGUGACUCAUUAUCGUUGGGUAACAGUGUUGAAAGUGAAGUCAUGAAGCAUAGCAGGGCUGUUUUGUUAGUGAGUUCUGAUUUUGGCACUGCUUGGCAUUCCAGGAAGAUGGUGUUGUUAAAGAAGCAAGAGCUCUCAAUAUUAUUGGAUGAACUUCUAUUCUCAGCGCUUGUUCUUUCAUAUGCACCUAAAUCGGAGCAUGCUUGGAGCCACAGGCGAUGGGUCAUCAAGUUAAUUGCUGGGAAGUGUUCAACUUUGCAAGAGAUUGUCACCAAAGAGUCUGAGCUGGUGGAGAAAAUAGCUGAGAGGUCAAAAAUGAAUUACCGUGCAUGGUAUCAUCGUUGCUGGUUGGUGACCUACAUGACAACAGAGCUGUCUCUACAUGAAUUAAAGAGAUCUAAAAACUGGGCUGGCUUGCAUGUUGCUGACCAUAGUUGCUUCCAUUAUCGCAGACAGCUAAUGCUUAGGAUUUUAGAGGACAGAUGCUGUAAACAAGAAAAUGUAGCUUCUAGUUAUAGUGUUAAAAUAAAUCAAUUGUGGAAGGAGGAGCUUGAAUGGAAUGAAACGUUGAUAAAGCGCUACAUAGGAAGAGAGGCUCUAUGGCUUCAUCGACGGUUCCUAUCCUUAUUAUGGAUAAAACAUUUUUUAACUGGUCACACGGGUCUGCCUGGGGAUUGGAAGCACAAAACCAGCAUGAAUAAUGACUUUGGUAUCUUUGUGGAUAAUGAGUUGCAUCUCCUGCAGUCCUGCUCCAUCAUUCCAGAUGAUGAUUUUGAUGAUUACCAAGCACAGGCUACAUAUUCUACUACUUACAUGUUAUGGUUAAUUAAGCAAAUCCCUGAUUCUGGUGGCGUUGAAUUUCGGGAGAAUCUAAGAACCAGAAACUUGAAAGCCCUGCUGAACAAGGCAUGCCCUGAAAGGUCCUCAACUUGGGAUUCUAUAAUGGCCUAUGUUGAAACAUCCGACCAUUAUGCAAAAGAGAGUUAGAAACCCCCUCCACCCAGCAACUAUGAGUUGACCACAUUAUCUGUGAUGUUCUUAUAUUGGUUGCAAUUACAAAUUGCAAUAGAGAUGUAACAUGAUUACAGGAUUCGUAUCUAGCUAGAUGUAUACACUGACCAAAACUUGAUGUAUUAUAUAUGAUUGAUGCAAUUUAAGUGCCCCUAGCAAAAGACUACAAAUUUACUUUUA